GUCAAAUCUCAUGCGGUCAAUCUUUUGAAAAUUGUUACCUUAGUCAUGAGGUCUCCUCUGCUUUAAAUUGUCUGUUCCUCUGGGAAAAAGAGCAGAGAAGAUCAAAUCAACAAGAAAAAUGCCCAUUUGUGAUUUGUGUUAUGUUAGCUUCAGUUUGAGAGUACAAUUCUCUUCGUUCUGUAGAUGAAAGAUUUCAGUUCUGGGUCUUGGUGCGUCGUUGUUCAGUAGAAGAAACAGAGAUACCCGGUUUGCUUUUUUCUGGGUUUCUCGGACUUUUUAUGUAAGGAAGGCAAGAGGACGACUGCUCUGGAUUUUCGCUGCUUGUUUCAGCUUUGGUGAAUACAAAUGGACAACAGUGAUAUCUAUAGAGUUGCGAGUCUACGUCGAAGUCGAAAUGGUUCAUGGAGGAAUGCAACUGAGGAUGUCUUCUCAAGGUCGUCCUACGAUGAAGACGAUGAAGAAGCACUGAAGUGGGCUGCCAUUGAGAAACUGCCAACUUAUGAUCGCAUAAGAAAAGGAAUACUGACAGGACUCGAUGGAGAGCACAAGGAAAUUGAUAUUAAGAAUCUCGGGCUUCAAGACAGAAGGAACCUGAUAGAGAGACUGAUCAGAGUGGCAGAGGAGGACAACGAGAAGUUCUUACUCAAGCUCAAGGACCGAAUGGAGCGAGUUGGAAUUGAAAACCCAACAAUAGAAGUCCGGUUUGAGCAACUAAACAUUGGUGCAGAAGCCUACAUCGGUAGCAGAGCUUUACCUACAAUCCUGAACUUCUCCAUGAACAUGCUGGAGACGUUCUUGAACUCUGUCCGCAUUUUCCCAAGUAGAAAGAGACCAAUAUCAAUUCUUCAUGAUCUUAGUGGAAUAAUCAAACCUGGAAGAAUGACUCUGCUUUUAGGCCCGCCGGGCUCCGGAAAGACCACUUUACUUCUAGCUUUGUCAGGAAAGCUUGACUCGGAACUGAAGGUAUCUGGAAAGAUAACAUUUAAUGAUCAUGGCUUGGAUGAAUUUGUCCCACAGAGGACUGCUGCUUAUAUUAGUCAGUAUGAUCUCCACAUUGGGGAAAUGACUGUGAGAGAAACCUUGGCUUUCUCUGCUAGAUGCCAAGGUGUUGGUACCCGCUAUGAUAUGUUGACAGAACUUUCAAGAAGAGAGAAGGCGGCAAAUAUUAAGCCAGACCCAGAUAUUGAUGUAUACAUGAAGGCAUCAUCUCUAGAAGGACAGAAGGAAAAUGUUAUUACAGACUACAUUCUAAAGAUUUUGGGACUGGAAAUUUGUGCUGAUACCAUGGUGGGGAAUGAAAUGAUAAGGGGUAUCUCAGGUGGACAAAGGAAGCGUGUCACCACUGGUGAGAUGCUCGUAGGACCCGCUAAAGCAUUGUUUAUGGAUGAGAUAUCAACGGGCCUGGAUAGCUCAACAACUUUUCAGAUUGUGAAUUCCCUCAAGCAGUCAACUCACAUCCUUGGCGGGACUACACUAAUUGCUCUCCUUCAGCCAGCACCAGAAACUUAUGAUCUCUUUGAUGACAUUAUUCUCCUCUCAGAAGGGCAGAUCGUGUACCAGGGUCCUCGCGAAAAUGUGCUCGAGUUCUUUGAAUCAAUGGGUUUCAAAUGCCCUGAGAGGAAAGGAGUUGCAGAUUUCUUGCAGGAAGUAACAUCGAGAAAAGAUCAGCAACAAUACUGGACCAACAAGGAUGUGCCAUACUUCUAUGUCUCUGUCAAGGAGUUUGCAGAUGCAUUCCAGUCUUUCCAUGUGGGACGGAAAUUGGGAGAUGAGCUCAGUGUUUCCUUUGACAGGAGGAAGAGCCACCCUGCUGCUUUAACAACUUCGAAAUAUGGUAUUAGCAAGAAAGAAUUGCUGAAGGCUUGCUUCUCAAGAGAAUGGCUGCUAAUGAAAAGGAACUCAUUUGUUUACAUUUUCAAAAUGAUGCAACUUAUUGUUGUUGGGCUUAUUGCGAUGACUGUCCUCCUGCGAACCAAGAUGAAACACGGCACCAUAGAUGAUGGGAACGUUUACAUGGGUGCUUUGUUCUUCGCACUUGUUACUCUUAUGUUCAAUGGUUUCGCUGAAAUCUCAAUGACUGUGGCAAAGCUUCCUGUCUUCUACAAGCAAAGAGACCUUCGUUUCUAUCCUUCUUGGGCAUAUGCACUGCCUACAUGGAUACUCAAGAUUCCCAUAUCAUUUGUGGAAGUUGCCAUCUGGGUUGCUAUGACUUAUUAUGUCAUUGGCUUUGAUCCAAACAUUCAAAGGAUGUUUAGGCAUUAUCUUCUACUAUUAUUGAUUAACCAGAUGGCUUCUGGACUAUUCCGGGUAGUCGCCUCACUGGGGAGAGACAUGGUUGUUUCAAGUACAUUUGGAUCCUUUGUGUUGCUUAUAGUGCUAGCUCUUGGUGGAUUUGUCCUUUCACGAGAGGAUAUAAAGAAAUGGUGGAUUUGGGGCUACUGGAGCUCACCUUUGACAUAUGCUCAGAAUGCAGUUGCUGUUAAUGAAUUUCUUGGGCACAGUUGGAGCCAUGUUCUUCCCAAUUCAAGUGAACCCUUGGGCAUUCAAGUCUUGAAGUCUCGUGGAAAUUUUACCAGUUCAUCCUGGUUUUGGAUCGGUGCAGGAGCAUUGAUUGGAUAUGUACUUUUGUUCAAUGGAAUUUUCACUCUAGCUCUGGCAUACCUCAACCCAAUUGGGAAAUCUCAAGUAGUUCUAACCGAAGAGGCCUUGAAAGAAAAGCACGCUAACAGAACUGGAGAAAUUGGUGAUGCUGAACCAUCACCUAGGGGAAAGAGAUCUUCUUCCCGAUCAACAGAAAGAGGUCUACAAAUCAGAAAAAACAGUACCAAGUCAAGAUCUUCUGGAAUAGAAGCCAGUUUUGAUGGUAGUCAGAACAAGAAAGGAAUGGUUCUUCCUUUUGUUCCAUUUUCUCUCACCUUUGAUAAUAUUAGAUACUCUGUAGACAUGCCACAGGAAAUGAAAGACCAAGGUGUUCUUGAAGAUCGGUUAGUGCUUCUCAAUGGUGUAAGUGGAUCCUUCAGGCCAGGAGUCCUCACUGCUCUAAUGGGUACCAGUGGUGCGGGUAAGACUACUCUAAUGGAUGUAUUGGCAGGAAGGAAAACAGGCGGAUAUAUAGAGGGAAGUAUCACUAUUUCCGGUUAUCCAAAGAAGCAGGAAACAUUUGCUCGUAUUUCAGGAUAUUGUGAACAGAAUGACAUCCACUCUCCAUAUGUUACAGUGUACGAGUCUCUUCUCUAUUCUGCCUGGCUUCGUUUACCUCCUGAAGUUGACUCUGCUACUAGGGAGAUGUUUGUCGAUGAGGUCAUGGAGCUUGUAGAGCUAACGUCACUUAGGGGAUCACUAGUUGGAUUGCCUGGUGUCAAUGGUCUCUCAACUGAGCAACGCAAGAGGCUGACAAUAGCAGUUGAGCUUGUUGCUAAUCCCUCGAUAAUAUUCAUGGAUGAGCCCACCUCUGGACUUGAUGCCAGAGCAGCUGCAAUUGUGAUGAGAACGGUAAGGAACACUGUGGACACAGGAAGAACUGUGGUCUGCACCAUCCACCAGCCUAGCAUUGACAUAUUUGAAUCUUUUGAUGAGCUCUUCCUUAUGAAGCGAGGAGGAGAAGAAAUAUAUGUUGGGCCACUAGGGUGCCACUCAUGUCAUCUGAUCAAAUAUUUUGAGGGUAUCGAUGGAGUUCCUAAGAUAAAAGAUGGUUAUAACCCUGCAACAUGGAUGUUGGAGGUGACUACUGCGGCACAAGAAGAGAUUCUGGGAAUCAAAUUUGCUGAACUUUACAAGAAUUCAGAUCUCUUCCAGAGAAACAAGGCUUUGAUUGAAGAGCUUAGCAAGCCUCCUCCUGGUUCAAAAGAUCUUCUUUUCCCGACUAAGUAUUCCCAACCCUUCUUCACACAAUGCAAAGCAUGCCUCUGGAAGCAGCACAUGUCCUACUGGAGGAAUCCAGCAUAUACUGCAGUCCGACUUCUUUUUACCAGUUUCAUUGCUUUGAUGUUUGGUACAAUGUUCUGGAGACUCGGGUCUAAAACAACUAGGCGACAAGAUCUGUUCAAUGCAAUGGGUUCCAUGUAUGCUGCAGUUCUCUUCAUUGGUAUUCAAAAUGCUUCAUCUGUGCAGCCAGUUGUGGCUGUAGAACGUACAGUGUUCUACAGAGAAAGGGCUGCUGGGAUGUAUUCUGCUUUACCAUAUGCAUUUGCACAAGUUGUAAUUGAGAUUCCACAUAUCCUCAUUCAGGCUCUAAUCUACGGUGUGUUAGUUUAUGCUAUGAUCGAUUUUGAUUGGACAGCUAAGAAGUUUUUCUGGUACCUGUUCUAUAUGUACUUCACAUUCCUAUACUUCACAUAUUAUGGGAUGAUGGCAGUGGGUUUGACACCCAACCACGCCUUUGCCGCUAUUGUUUCCUCUGCUUUCUACUCAAUAUGGAAUCUCUUUGCCGGGUUCAUCAUUCCACGAACUAGAAUUCCUGUAUGGUGGAGAUGGUACUACUGGUCUUGUCCAGUUGCAUGGACCUUGUAUGGACUAGUUGCUUCACAGUUUGGAGAGAUCGAGACUGAAAUGGACACUGGUGUUACGGUGAAGAACUUCUUGGAGAGUUACUUUGGGUUUAAAAAUGAUUCUCUGGGGUGGAUUUCUGCAGGGAUCAUUGGCUUUACAGUACUCUUUGCAUUUGUAUUUGCCUUCUCAAUUAAGGCACUUAACUUCCAAAGAAGAUGAAGCUCUCAGUUCUCUAAAUCACCCACCAGUGUGCAUCAAUGGCAGCAUAUGUAGCGCAAAGAUCUAGAGUAUGCAUGUAGUAGGGCUCAUGCUCAUAUGUCCGUCACUAACAGUCGGUGACCAUGUCAUGACUGGAUGUAUGUGCCUUUCCCUUCCUGGGUUUCCGUGUGGAGGAUUUUGAAUCUUUUGCUGUGUCAAACUAGAUUAUAUUAUAAAUGGCGUCAAGUUAUCUGUAGUCUGUUAGUCAAAUAAUCAUGUUAAUAUCGAAACCAUUAUCAUUAUAGUUA